CAGCAUCUAAGAACCCACACUGGGGAGAAAUCUUUUGAAUGCUCAGAGUGUGGAAAGAGAUUCAGUCACAAUAGCUCUGUUCAAAGGCAUGUAAGAACCCACACAGGGGAAAAGCCUUUUGAAUGCUCAGAGUGUAGAAAGAGAUUCAGUCAGAGUGGCUCUCUUCAACAGCAUCUAAGAACCCACACAGAGGAGAAGCCUUUUGAAUGCUCAGAGUGUGGAAAGAGAUUCCGUCGGAGUGGCUGUCUUCAAAGUCAUCAAAGAACUCACACAGGGGAGAAGCCUUUUGAAUGCUCAGAGUGUGGAAAGAGAUUCAGUCACAGUAACAAUCUUCAAAGUCAUCAAAGAACUCACACAGGGGAGAAGCCUUUUGAAUGCUCAGAGUGUGGAAAGAGAUUCAGUCAGAGUGGCAGUCUUCAACAGCAUCAAAGAACCCACACAGGGGAGAAACCUUUUGAAUGCUCUGAGUGUGGAAAGAGAUUCAGUCGCAGUGGCUCUCUUCAAAGGCAUGUAAAAACCCACACAGGGGAGAAGCCUUUUGAAUGCUCAGAGUGUGGAAAGAGAUUCAGUCGCAGUGGCAAUCUUCAAAGGCAUCAAAGAACUCACACAGGGGAGAAGCCUUUUGAAUGA